AUGUGGAGGAAGCGCAGCGGCGGCUGCCACCGUUGCGCGGGGAGGGGCGGUGGCGGCGGUGGUAGCAGCCUCUGCCUUGUCGGCCGUGGCAUGAAACGAGCCUUGACCGUUGUCCCCUCGCAGGCCCCUGCUCUCGCGGCGAGGGUUCACGAGGCGCAGCUGACUUCCUCCGGACACCUCGAUGAGGUCACAUGGACCACCAAGAACUGGCACGGGCUGCAGAUGCAGCGCUUGUCUGUCGUUCUCCACACCGCCGUGGCGUGGCAGACGGUGAACGAGCUAGCGUGCGGGGACAGCGGCAUUGUGCACGGUGCUAAGUGCAUUGCCGUUCUUAACGGAGUCGCUUAG